AUGAAACUAAGAAUAAAUAAAAAAUUAAAAGAAAAUUCAUACCAAGAAUAUGCUAAUAAACAUGAUAUUUAUAAUAUUAAUGAUGCAAUAGAUAUAAUUAGAAAAAGUUCUUUUUUUAAACAUUAUGUUGAUUCUUCUAAUUUGAAAAAAUACGAUAAUCUUAAUUUAAUUAAUGAUAAUCUUGAACAAAAAUUUGUUACGAUAUUAAAAAAAGAAAAGAAAUAUUUUAAAAAUUUAUUACAAAAAUAUAAUGGUGAAGAAAAAAGAAAAGAAAAAAAUAAAAAUGAAAAAGAUGAAAAGGGUAUAAUGUAUGUAUACAAAUUUUGCGAUGAUAUUCUAGGAAGUAAAGGAGAUAUAAAUAAAACAAAAGGAUACAUAAUAAUAAAUAAAAAUAAUGUAAUUAAAAAAAUAUAUAUAAACGAAUUAAACGAAUUAUUAACAGAAAUCAUAUACACAACGUUAACUGAAGAUGAUUUGGAAAAUGGUUUAUUAAAUUUAUUAGGAGAAAAAUAUUUAGAUUUCAUAAUAAAUAUCAUUAAAAAUAAAGAAGAAAUAAAGAAAGAUAUAAAACUAUUAAGUAAACAAGUUGAUAUAAAAGAAAAUACUUUAGCAGCUAAUUUUUUUAUAACUAAUAAAGUAUCAAAGAAAAUAAAAAAUCAGAGUGCUUUAAAUAAAAAGGAAAAUAUUGAAAAAAUAAUAGACUACUUUUUAUAUUCCUUAAAAGAAAGUUGCCUUGAAGAAGUUAAAAAAAUUUACAUACCUAAUGAAGAAGAUAAAUUGGAAGAAAUAAGUGUUCCUAAAAACACUUUUUAUUCUUAUUCAGAUAAUUUUACAAAAGUAAAAAUUAAUAGAUUAGAAAAUUUGCAUUUUGAUAAGAAGGAUUUAGUACCAGUAAAUAUAUUACCUUUUUGGUCUAAGUAUAUAUUCGAUUUUGAAUAUUUCAAUUAUAUUCAAUCAAAAAUUUUUAAGGCAGCAUUUCAAACUAAUAAAAAUUUAUUAGUUUGUGCACCAACUGGAUGUGGUAAAACUAAUAUAGCUUUAUUAGUUAUACUACAACAGAUUAUAAUAUUUUGUGAACAAAAUAAUAUUAAUUUAAAUAAAAUUGUGAAGUCUUAUUUAAUUAGAAAUAAUAUUAGUUAUCAAGAUGAAGAGAAAAAAAAAAAAAAUGAAAAUAAUAAUGUGAAUAAUGCAUUUAAAGAAGAAUGUAAUGAAAAUAGUAAUAGUGAAGAUGACAAGAACAGUAUAAACAAUUGUAGUAUUAUAAAUAGUAAAAGUGGAAAAUCAAAUGAAGAUAAUUUUUCUUCAUACAGUGAUAGCACAUCUUCCAAUAACCUAAGAAAUGAAGAAACAAAGAUAAAUUCUAAAGAGUUUAAAGUGAUUUAUAUUGCGCCCAUGAAAUCUUUAGUAUUUGAAAUAACUAAUUUAUUUCGAACAAAAUUAAAAAUAUUUAAUAUUAAUGUAUGCGAAUACACAAAAGAAUACUCUUUGUCAUCAAAAGAAUUAGAACAAGUACAUAUAAUUAUUACAGUUCCUGAAAAGUUAGAUAUACUUUUAAGAAACAGUAGCUAUUCAACUACUGUGUCUGAUGAAUCAUUAAUUAAAUAUAUCAAGUGCUUAAUACUUGAUGAAGUUCACUUACUAAAUACAGAUAGGGGAGAUGUAAUAGAAACAAUUGUUGCCAGAUUUUUACGAUAUUCAGAGACAUCUCAAUCGGUUAGGAGAAUAAUGGCUAUGUCAGCUACUUUACCUAAUUAUAAAGACGUACGUGAUUUUCUAAAAGUGGAUAAUGAUAUGUGUUUUUACUUUAGUGAAAAAUAUAGAUCUAUACAAUUAGACAAAACCUUAUAUGGGAUACAUGAAAAAAAUAGUCAUAAAUUAUAUAUAGCAAGAAAUGUUUUUACUUAUAAUGAAAUCUUAAGUAGUCUUAAAAAAGAUAAGCAAUGCAUCAUUUUUGUAUGUUCAAGAAAUGAAACGAAUAAAACUAUAGAAUUUUUAAUUGAUUAUGCUUUAAAAAAUAAUGAAAUAGAUUAUUUCACAAAUAAUUUGUAUAUAGAUAACUAUAUAAUUAAGAGCAUUAAAAAAUCAAGUAAUUCUUAUAUCAAAAAUUUUUUUACGUAUGGUUGUAGUAUUCAUCAUGCAGGAAUGGCUAGAUCAGACAAAAUAUUAGUAGAAAAUUUAUUUAAAAAAAAAGCAAUAAAUAUUUUAUGUUGCACAUCUACAUUAGCAUGGGGUGUUAAUUUGCCUGUUCACACUGUUAUUAUAAAAGGUACUAAUUAUUUUUCUUCAGAGAGUGGGAAAGUAGAAGAUUUAGACAUUUUAGAUAUUAAUCAAAUAUUUGGUAGAUGUGGUAGACCUCAAUACGAAAACCAUGGCAAUGCUAUUUUAAUAACUGAAAGAACUAAAUUAUAUAAAUAUAUUAAAUUAUUAACAAAUAAUACAAUUAUUGAAUCAAAUUUUUUAAAAAAUAUAGAGAAUCAUUUAAAUGCAGAAAUCAGCAUAGGAACAACGAAAAAUGUAGAAGACGGUAUAAAAUGGCUAGAAUAUACUUAUCUAUUUGUUCGUAUGAAAAAAAAUCCUUAUAUUUAUGAUGCAGAUGUAAAUAAUGAUAUUAAUUUAUAUAACAAAAGAAAAGAAAUUAUUCUAAAAGCAAUCAAUAACUUAAGUGAAAACAAAUUAGUUAGAAGAGUUCUUUUAACUAAUGAUUUUAUAGGCACAUUUUAUGGACAUAUUGCAGCAAAAUAUUAUGUAGAUUAUAGAACUAUAGGAAUAUUUGCAGAGAAUAUUAAUAAUAAUGAUUAUGUAGAAAUUAUUGAAGUUAUAAGUAAAGCAAAAGAAUUUGAAAAUAUACAAAUAAGAAAUGAAGAUAUGAAAGAAUUUUUAUAUUUAAAAGAAAAAUGUGAUAUUAAAGAAGAUUAUGAUGAAUCCAAAUCUAUGACAUUACGCAUAUUAAUAGAAAUUUAUUUAAGAAGAUUGCAAAUAAAUAAUUUUUCUAUAAUUUGUGAAAUUAAUUAUAUAGUACAAAAUAUCAUAAGAAUAUUAUAUGCAUAUUAUGAAAUAUGUUUAAAUAUUUUAAAGAAUAUAUCUAAUUUAAUUAUAAAUACACAUAACCUUAUUUUAGCUAUAUUGAGAAGACUUCCAAUUAACUGUGGAAUAUUCAGGCAUUUUUGUUAUAAAAAUGAAUUAAUUGAUAAAAAAAAAAAGUUUAUCUCCAAUUAUGAAAAAUCCAAUAAUUCAAAAAACCAAGAUGAUUGUUUAAACAAAAUUGUUGAUAAAAGUGCUCAAGUAAACUUAUUAGAUAUAGACGACAAUAACUCAUACUCAGGAUAUAAAACAAAUCAUAAUUAUACCGUAUACUUAAGAGAAGCAGCAGUAAACAUAUUAGAAAAAAAAAACUUAACUUAUGAAUCUAUCGAAAAUUUAAGUAAAAGUGAAUUAUUUUUCUUUAUAAGAAAUGAAGUAUAUACUAAUCAAAUACUAUAUUAUAAAAAUAUUAUACCUAAUUUAUAUAUAGAAGGAUAUAUUCAACCAAUAACUCAAACAAUUAUGAGAAUUAAUUUAAAUGUCCAUUUAAAAAAUACUAUAUGGUCAGAUCAAUGGAAUGAUAUAAAAGAAGAUUUUCAUCUUUUCUUAUUAAAUACAUUAAAUAAUGACAUAUUAUACUUUCAGAAAUUUUCUAUUCAUAAAAAAGAUAGAAAAAAAAUACAUGACAUAUCUUUUGAGUUUCCAUUAUCCAAUCAAAUGCCUCCUCAAAUAACAGUUCAGUUUUUAUCAAUGAAUUGGUGUAAUUUAUCUUAUGUUCAUAUAUUUAAUACAAAUAACUUAUUUAUUAAUCAAAAAAUAAAUAUAUUUUCAGAAAUAUUAUCAAUUGUUCCAUUAUCUACUCAAGUAUUAAAUAAUCCUAAUUAUAUAAAAUUCUUUUCUUUUAAAUAUUUUAAUCCUAUACAAACUCAAAUGUUUCAUGCCACAUUUCAUACCGAUGAAAAUAUUUUAUUAGGUGCACCAACAGGAAGUGGUAAAACGGUAAUUGGAGAGUUAUGCAUAUUAAGAAAUUUAUUAAAAUAUGCAAAUGAAAAAUCUGUAUAUAUAUGUCCUAUGAAAGCUAUUGUAAAUGAAAGAUUUAAAAGCUGGAAAAAUAAAUUUAAAAUUUUAUUUAAUAAAAAUGUAAUUGAAUUAACAGGUGAUAAAAAUGAAAAUAAAGAGAGUAUAGCAAAUAGUGAUAUCAUAAUUUGCACACCUGAAAAAUUAGAUGUUAUAUCAAGAAAUUGGAAACAUAAAAAAUAUGUAAAAAAUAUCAAUUUAUUAAUAUUUGAUGAAAUACAUUUGUUAGGUCAAGAAAAUAGAGGAGGAGUAAUUGAAAUUUUAGUGAAUAGAUUUAAAAAUAUGCAAAAUGAUUUAAACAAAAAAAUAAGACUAAUUGGAUUAACAACUGUUAUAACAAGUGUUGAUGAUUUAAUAUUAUGGUUAGAUGUAAAGGAAAACUAUCUAUUUAACUUUCCAUCUUCUUGUCGUAUAGUACCAUGUAAAACUCAUAUCUUAGGUUUUACACAAAAAGCUUACUGUAAUAGAAUGUCAGUAAUGAAUAAAAAUGUAUUUGAUUCUAUUAAUCAAUAUGCUCGAUCUAAAAAUGUUUUAAUCUUUGUUUCAUCAAGAAGACAAACAAGACUUACAGCUUAUGAUAUAAUUUCUUUAAAUUUAAGUAGUUAUAACUUAAAUUUUUUACACGUAGAAAAUUUAUUAAAUGAUAAAAAUCAUAUUAAUUUUUUAUUGAACAAAGAUAAUAAAAAUGAAAAAAAAAUUAAAAUUUAUAAAAAUGAUAAGCAUAAUAAUAUUUUAAACUAUAAAAAAAAAGAAUACAAUAAAACUAUCACUAAUUAUAACGUUUUUAAUACGAACUCAUUGGAUAAUAAUAUUCAUGAUAAUAAAUAUAAUGAUAUAGAUAUUUUUGAUUAUAAUACUUUGUUGGAUAAAAAUUUAUCAGAAUGUGAUAAAACAAAAAUUGGAGGUUUAUUAUUUCAAAAUUAUUUAAAUAUGGUAGAAGACAAGCAUUUAAAAGAACUUUUAAAAUAUGGAAUAGGAAUUCAUCAUGCAGGAUUAAAUGAAAAUGAUAAAAGUAUUGUAGAAUACUUUUUUUUAAAUAAAAUUAUACAAAUAUUAAUAUGUACAUCUACUUUGGCAUGGGGUAUUAAUUUACCAGCCUAUUUAGUUAUCAUUAAAGGAAAUGAAUAUUAUGAUGCUAAAACAAAAAAAUAUAAAGAUAUUUCUUACACAGAUUUAUUACAAAUGAUUGGGAGAGCAGGUAGACCCCAAUUUGAUGAUGAGGCAUUAGCUAUUUUGUUGGUUCAAGAAAAAAAAAAAAAUGCAAUAAAAAAUUUUUUAUAUCAUCCUAUGAACAUAGAAUCUAAUAUAUUAGAAAAUUUUAACGAGUAUAUAAAUGCAGAAAUAUGUUCCAAUGUUAUAACUAAUAAAGAAGAUAUGUUCAAUUACUUAACUAAAUCUUAUUACUUUAAAAGAUUAUUUUCUAAUCCUUCUUACUAUAUAAAAGAUGUACAGUAUGUUCAGUUAUUUGAAAAUAACAAAUUAUCUUCCCAAGCUAAAAAAAUAAUAUAUGAUCAUUUAAAUAAAAUUAUAGAUAAUACUAUCAAUUUCUUAGUAGAAAAUAAUUGUAUAAAUAUAAUACAAGAAGAUUACGAUUCCAAAUACUAUUCUACUCCAUUAGGUCAUAUAGCAUCUAUGUAUUAUAUUAAAUGUGAAACCGCUUAUUUUUUUUAUAAAUCAAUAGAACGUUCUUGUGGUACGAAUUUGGAGGAAAUUAAUGUUAAUAAUGCUACAGAUGAAGAAAAUUCCAAUAUUCCUAAAUGCACUAUUACUGAAAAUAACCAAGAGGAAUCAAAUGAAAUAAAGGAUGAAGAACAAGAAAAAAAAGGAAGCAUAGAAGAUGAAAAAAUAAAUACUAAUAAAAGAAACGAUAAGUGUAAUUUAAAAAAAGUGUUAGAUUUUUAUGAUUUAUUUGAAUUAAUUGCACAGGCAAAAGAAUUCAAAGAUAUCCCAUUAAGGCAUAAUGAAGAAAAAUAUAAUGUUAAAUUACGUAACCAGAUCCCUUUAGAUAUUGAUAUGAAUAUGCCUAAUAUAAAAACUUACCUUUUAUUGCUUUCUUGUUUAUAUGAAUGUUCUUUUGAGUCAGUUGAUUAUAAUAUUGAUCUAAAAUUAGUACUUGAUCAAAUUGCUAGAGUUAUAAAUAGCUUUAUUGAUAUUUGCUUAUUAUUUCAUAAAUAUAGUUAUAUAAAAAAUAUAAUUUUAAUUUUUCAAUGUAUCAAUCAGAAAAUUAUACCUACGAAAAACUCAUUAUAUACUAUUAAGAAUAUAAAUGAUCUUCAGAUAGCAAAAUUGAGGGAAUUAAAUAUAGAUAGUAUUAAAGAACUAAUUAAAUUUGGUAAAGAUUUUUUAUAUUCAUUGAAAAUUUUUGAUAAAAAUCAAUUAGAUUAUAUUUUACAAAUACCAGUAUUCAAUGUUAAUAUAAAAUUAUAUCACAAAAAUACUAAUGUGGAAAAAGACGAUAAAAAUAAUAAUUUCCAAAAUAUACAGUCUAUGAAAUAUUUAAAAAAUGAAAAUAAAUUUUGUUUUAAAAUUAAUUAUUGUGAACAAAAUAAAAUUAUCAUUAAAGUUUUUUUUAAUUUUUUGAAUGAAAUAACAAAAGAUAUGAAUUCAGCUUCUUCAUCUAUAGGAAAUACUCAAUGGUAUAUUAUUCUUCAUGAUUCUAUACAAGAUGAAUCAAUUUCAAUUAAAAGGGCUAACAAUAUUUCUUUAAAAAAAUUACCAAAUGUUUCAUUCAUUUUAGAAGAUGUUGAAAAAGGAACAUAUCAUUUCACUAUUUAUAUUCAUAGUGAUACAUACUACGGAAUUGAUCAUGAAGUAUAUUUAGAGCUUUCUAUUGAAUAA